CGUCUUAAACUUUUACCAAUAAUACGAGUGAGUGACUAAUGGGAGAACAGAAGAACCCCAACACUCAAAGCCCAACCAUGAGAGGCUCUCAUCUUCUGCUACCCAAAUUCGGCGUCACUCCGCCGGACGAAGACGGCGUCGACCCUGUCCGCACCGCCGCUGGCGUUGGCAUCUCCGUUGGGCUCCGCAAGAAGGCUACCGGCGUCCGACCAUGGCUCCUUCUUGACGCCACCGGGCAGGCCCAAGUGGUGGAGGCCGGAAAGCACGCCAUCAUGCGGCGAACGGGCCUCCCCGCCCGGGAUCUUCGGAUCCUGGACCCACUCCUCUCCUACCCGUCGACGGUGUUGGGGCGUGAACGGGCAAUAGUCAUCAAUCUUGAGCACAUCAAAGCCAUAAUCACGGCCCAAGAGGUUCUCUUGCUCAAUUCCAGAGAUCCUUCUGUUAUGCCCUUCGUUGAGGAGCUCCAGCGACGAAUCUUGCGCCACCAUCACGCCACCAAGUCCCAGGAGGGUAUGGUCGACGUUGAUGAUACGGAUUGGACAAAUUUGUAUGAUUUGGGAGAACCACAAUCAGGGGUGGUUAGCCCUCCAAAUGUUUCUGGAGGCUUUCCACAGACGGUAGAGGGAGGUAAGGCAGAAGGGAAACCAGCUCUUGACAAUCAAGAUGGAUUGAAAGUUCUUCCAUUUGAGUUUAUUGCAUUGGAGGCUUGCCUUGAAGCUGCUUGCAGUUGCUUGGACAAUGAGGCGAGGACAUUGGAGCAAGAAGCUCAUCCUGCCUUAGAUAAGCUGACUUCAAAGAUUAGUACUCUCAACUUGGAACGUGUCCGCCAAAUUAAAAGCCGCUUGGUUGCCAUAACUGGACGAGUUCAAAAGGUAAGGGAUGAAUUAGAGCACCUGCUAGAUGAUGAUGACGAUAUGGCAGAGAUGUAUUUGACUGACAAGCUGGUGCAGCAACAGCUUGAAGAUUCUUCUAUUUCCUCUAUAAGUGAGCAGGACGCCAUGGAUGAUGAAGUUCUUCGGACAAACAUGGAUGACAGGAGUCCUAGUGAAAUUUUUUUGGAAGGUAAUGGCAAUUCAACCAAUUAUGAAGGUGAUCCUCGACGUAUUGAUAACCCCCAGGAACAGUUUGGUGCAUCUAAUGGCAGAGACAGCCAUGGGGCACGAACUAGUACCACACACAGCGCUAUAAGCAAGCAACUUGAUGUGGAGGAGCUUGAAAUGCUCUUGGAGGCGUACUUUGUUCAGAUCGAUGGUACCCUUAAUAAACUGUCCACGCUGAGGGAGUAUGUUGAUGACACAGAAGACUACAUCAACAUAAUGCUGGAUGACAAACAGAACCAUCUCUUGCAAAUGGGAGUCAUGUUAACAUCAGCAACCCUAGUGGUGAGUGCAUUUGUGGUUGUGGCUGGGAUUUUUGGUAUGAACAUCAAAAUUGAGCUGUUUGAUGAAGCAAAAGCCGGGAUGCAAGAGUUCCUGUGGACAGUCGGUGGCAGUGCCACAGGUAGCCUUUUCCUAUAUGUAGUUGCAAUCGCCUGGUGUAAGCACAAACGGUUGCUGGAAUGAAUAUGUGCUGUGUAUUAUAGAGCUGCUACAAUGUUCAUAAGUACCUUGUAUUUAUCCAAUAUUUGGAGCACACAAACAUGUAAUGGGCACUUGAACCGGUUCCACUCCAUAUAUAUGAUUAUAAGUUAAUAUUGUAUAUUAUGUGACAAUGCAGAUGCCAUAACUUUAUUACUUUUGGAUGACAUUGAGUUUUUGGUUA